AGAAACACGAAAUCACCGCGCGCUUGGACUUUGUUUACAAUCCGUCAGAUUCGAGCUGAUUUACAAGCGGCAGUAAAUUAUGUGUCAUAAACUAUAAAAAGCAGAAACCUAUUAUACUCCAAAAUGCCAAAGAAUAACACCGUGGUGCAUUCAGAAACGCGGGCUAAAUGGGUUCGGUUUCUAUGCCAAAUUUAAAGUAAGGUUUGGAUCUGAACUGUAACCGUCUCUGGUUCCAGUGAUGGCUGGUGUCGAUGAUAGCGGGUCCGGUUCUGCUCUUCAGGCGGUGUUUGAUCAGCUGCGGUCGGCACACACUCUUUCUCUGACUCUCACCAGUCCUAUCUGCCUGGCUGUGAUCUCUCUGGACCGAUAUCUGAGCUUUCAGCAUCCCGCUGCCGAGAGUUACUGCUACAGUUACGACCUGACGCUCACCGACGGCCGCUGGCGAAUAAAGUGUCAGCUGGCGGACGGUCUGAGCCGGUGGGUACGGACGGGCUCUCUGCGCUGCGGUGCGGGGCUCCUGGUGUCUCAGCUGUCACUGGUCCACGACGAGACCAGAUUAAAUCACAGUUACGUGAGGAUAGACGGCAUUCACAGCGUCGUGGAGCUUCCUGAGAGGUUUCUGAGCAUUAAAGAUGUGGAGAGUGUCACGCUGUGGUCUCGGGACAACGUGACCUGGGCCGAUGGACCGCUGCAGAUGAGCAGGAAAUAUUAUUUGCCCCUGUGGAUAAAUGACGAUCCUUAUGGGAAAGUGUGGAUUCCCAACAGCCCACCACCAGACGUGGUUAUUGAUGUGUCUAGAAUCACCCUUCUUGCGGAUCUGGAGGCAUUUUUUCGCACCUCCAGACGACCUCUCCCAAUACUAGUCCGAAUCCUGCACAGGUCCAGAAUCCGAUAUUAUGGAAAACCAGGACAAAACAUUGACUUCCCAUUUCAGGUGUACUGUGAGGUGGCUGAUCAGAGCGGCGUCAUGUCUAUGGUUGUAUGGAAUGAUCUUUGUCUGGAGUGGUUCAACAGGCUGACGGUUGGCUCAGUUCUGUAUCUGCAGCAGUACUCGCUGAAACCAAGUUAUCAGCAGCGCUCCAGACCACAGAUCCACUCGCUCUCUCUUACGACUUUCCACUCCAUUGAGAUCUGUCUGAAUCCUCGAAGUCCUGCAUCUAUAGUGACAGUGAUUCCACCUAAAAGUGUUCGGUCUCAGUGGGGUCUGCCUGAAGUUCCAUACAACUUUGCCACACGGUCAGAGGUGAACUCGAUGAACAGUAACCAAGCCUGUGACAUUAUUGGACUGGUGACAUACGUGGGCCGGGUUGAGCGACUUCGAAGCAAGGAAAAAAGCGGACCUGAGAAGUUCUGGGCAUAUCGUUGGGUGCACGCAGUGGACGGGUCAACUGAUUCUCCUUUUAUCCUGGAGAUCUUCUCCUCAUCCCAGCCAGAGAUCUUCAACAACAUCUGCCCCAUGACAUAUCUGGUGUGCACUCAGAUGAGAGUCUGUCAGACGGGCAGUUCUGUUUAUCUGACCAGUAGCACCGAGACACAGCUUUUCGUUACAGGGUGUCAUAAAAAGCAGCCUUACGUCAAUGAGCCAAAAGUUAAAGCAUUCAUCCAGUGGACGAAGACGCUGAAGGACAGUGUUGUGCUGCGGAGGACUGCAGUUGGAGGACAUUACUGCUACCCUCCUUCCCCUCCCACAUUUACACCAACCACCAAUGAGUCAAUAACUGCAGUUGUUGAGCUGAAGGGGGAGCUGGAGAGUCUGCAGUACAGAGAGCAUAGGAGAGUGGCUGUACAGGGUUAUGUGUCUGCAGUGCAGUAUCACACCUGGCCACCACACACCAGACAACAACAGCAGGAGGAUGUUUUAGUAAGAGGAGAUCGUGACAGUGAAUCUGCCGUUCCUCACUCCAGCAGAGAUCAAAGAGAAACAGAUUCAAGCUCGCUUGAUUCUGACAGUACAGUCUCAUCCAAACGCAGGAGAGUGCCGACAGACUCGAGAGUGCAUCGUCAGUAUUUCACCAGAUCCAAAAUGCAGUCUAGCAGUCAGGUGGGCUUUACCUCUCAUGAAGAGGAGGAAGAAGAAGAAGAAGAGCAGCAGGAUGAGGGAGAAUUGAUAUUGGAGGAAUCUGAGAGUGAAGAUCAGCACACAUCAGCUGGAGGAACAGAGGCUGACGAGGCAUCACAAACCCAAGACGAACACCAAGCUGAGAGCCAACCCACUGCAUUAUGGGAGAGCAGCGUUUGGCCAUUGGCAAAACAACAAGUGACUGAACACUUUUGCUAUGGCAGACUCGAUCAGGAAAGCCUUCCUGAAAAAUUCUGCUUCGAUGACAGAGAUGUUCUGCUACAUAACCUGAACCUGAGCCCAUCGACAUGGAGCCCCGAUAUAAGCUCACAGACGCGGACACACACACCCGUGGCCUGCACCGGAUACUUCACACUCACCAUUCUGGGACUGAAUCAAACGGCUGCAGUGGAUGUUCAGUUUGUGCCUGUCGUCUCCUCUGAUGACCCCAGAGCUGCUGGCAUCCCACACACUCCACAUGACAACUCCCUGCUGUCCUGCAUAUCAACAGGACGUCUGUGUAUUCAGCCAGACGGGAGCUGUCCCUCGCCAGGGUCAUUGAUGACUUCUGCACCUCAGCUGGAGUCAGAGCGUGUGGUGUGUAUUGUUGAUCUCUGUCUGCUCGGAGAACAGAAGGUAGAAAUGAUCUGCUCCAAACUCUACAGGACAGCUGACAUCUGCUAGCCCGACAGCAUUCAAUGAGACGCCCUCACAGUAAUAAUAAUCAUGCAAAAGAAAUGCAUUCCAUGUAGGUCAGAUGAUGAUUAAUGUAUGGGGACUGAUAUUAGUGUGUUCUGAUUGGAGUUUUAGAGGAAAGAAGGAUUUUAUGUCUAAAUCUAUGGCUAAAAAAAUGUCUAAUUUAUGUCAUUAUAUAUAUUAAUUUAUGUUAGAACAUUUGUAAUUUCAGGAACAUUUUUAGAAAAAAAAAUAAAUCCCAAAACAUUGCUUAAAUCCCUUUAUUUUCAUCUCAUGCUGUUAAUA